CUUGAACGCGCACCGCAGAAUCAGAGAAGACACAUCUGACAAUCGUUUUUUCUGGAAUCAGUCCCUCCAUCUCCAUCUCAAGCAUUAUGGGGUGAACUGUGAUGACUGGCUGCUGAGAUUGAUGUGUGGCGGAGUGGAGAUCCGCACCAUCUAUGCUGGCCACAAGCAGGCCAAAGCUUGCGUGAUCUCUCGGCUUAGCUCGGAGAGAGCAGGCACACGUUUUAAUGUCCGAGGCACAAAUGACGACGGCCAGGUGGCCAACUUUGUGGAGACUGAGCAGGUUAUUUUCCUUGAUGACAAAGUAUCUUCCUUCAUUCAGAUCCGAGGGUCAAUACCCCUGUUCUGGGAGCAGCCGGGAAUUCAGGUCGGAUCUCAUCGUGUUAAGCUGUCUCGUGGUUUUGAAGCAAACGCACCGGCUUUUGAGAGGUAAUUAAGAUUCUGCUGGUCUCUGAUGAUGCUUGCUCUAGUAUCCAGCUGUUCUGGCUCUGGCCCAAGUGUUAGUGCAUGAUGAAAGCAAUCCAGCAGAUAUUUGCGGUGUAUGGGCCCUGCUUCAAACAGUCCUGUUAUUUAACACCGUCUGGAUGGGCAAGCUCAGUCAUAUCUAAGGAUGUAUUUUCAGCUAGUCGGUGGGUAAUUAAGGUCCACCAGAGCCCGAUCAGAUGGAUUUCAUAGUCGGCAGUUACACACAGAACAGCUGGAUUAAGUGUAGCAGGGGGUCUCGAGGCAUCAUUUAAAAGUUGAACUUUUUUGACUUAGCUUUUUGCGGUCUUGUUGACCGCUUAUGGUGUCUUAGAAAAAUCAGCACUGAUGGCGUGAGAUGCUGAAAACGCAGUGUAAGAUCUCUAGCCCCUUAGUCAUGCUGAUAUAAACACAAUUCUAAACCCAUUAUCUGCAAGUAAUCAUUUGACCAUAAAAAUACAUCUAAAAAUAAUGGGCCCACUUUGUAUUAAGUGUCUUUAACUACUAUGUACUAAUAUUUGAAUUAAUCAUAAUCAUUAAUCAUACAAUGCAUGU